UUGCGGGGUCCAUUUAACGUAUCGAAAAAAAAAAAAACUAGUGAUGCAAGGCGCUUGGGAACAUGUGGUCGAGCAUUUCUUCCCCAUAAUUAUGAAGAAAUAUGCUUUGCCUUCUGAAAUUCUUUGCUGCCCUUGCCAAUGGAACAACGUAGCUCCCAAGGUAGUUGAAGCCCAGGGCCAUGACUUUUGCAGUUUCAGUGCCUCCUCAGACCUCCCACUCGAGGUUCCUGGUGUUGGGCUGUCCCUCUGGGGAAUCGAUCCUGGGUCACCUGCACCUGAGUCAUAAGCUUGGAGUUCCAUUCAGACCCACAAUCCAGGAGAGACGAUCUCUGCCAUGUAAAGCUCAAUCUAAUGGUGUCUCAGAAGAGUAUGCCACAGAAGGAUCUUCGACACGUUCUCAGUUGGAUCUCUUAGAACAGUUGACGUCAAGCAGCUCCGCAGACACGGGUUAUGUUAGUGACGAGGAGUUGGAGAAGGCAACGAUACGUGAGCAGCUUCUGCAAAUAGUUGAAGGUAGAGAAGGUGAUUUCAGUCUUCCGUUGGGUAAAAAGCUGAAAGCAAGUGUGAAUUCCUUGACCAUUUCACAGAAAAGAAACAUCAAGCGGCAGGCUUACUUAGACAAAGUAUCUCAGAGAAAUGACAGUGUCUUUUUUGCCACCAUCGGCCUGUCUAUAGUCGUGCCACCCAUUGUAAUAUUAGCUGUAGCGAUUUCAACUGGUUAUGUACAACUGCUUCCUUGAUGUAUAGACACAAAUAUAUGAUUGGCCUUUAGCCAAGGCAUGGCAAAGCUUUUAGCAGCAUCUAUGAGUACCAAAUAACGAAUGCCUUUCGCAGCAUCUGUAAGUACUCAAAAGAAAUUACCUUACUAAAUGAAGACCACAAACUCCUAACCCACAUCCAGUAUAUAAUUGUCUUCCUUGAUAUGAAUAUACAAAGUGGAGAGCAUCAUACGAACUA